AUGAAAGCCAUAGGAAUGGGCGGAACGGGUGAUAAUACCAAGCUCCUCAAGUCCGGAUAUGGACAUGUUGACACUGCAUCACAUUAUGGCAACGAAGAAAAUAUUGGAAUUGGCAUUAUCAGAAGUGGAAUACCGCGUGAUCAAAUUUUUAUAACUACAAAAAUCUGGGACACAGAUCAAGGUUAUGAAUCAACUCUCAAAGCUGCAGAAACUUCCCUAUCAAACCUUCGAAUCUCUUAUGUCGACUUACUUUUAAUACAUUCCCCUAGGCCUUGUCCUCAAAAACGUGCCGAAGCUUAUAGGGCCUUACAAGAGUUAGUCAAGCUAGGAAAAGUUAGAAGUAUUGGGGUCUCGAAUUACGGUGUAAAACAUCUAAAGGAGUUGAUGGAUACUAAUCCUGAAAUUAUGCCUGCAGUUAAUCAGAUUGAGGUUCAUCCUUGGAAUACUCGAAAAGAAAUUGUAUCAUAUUGCACUGAACAUAAGAUUAUUGUUGAAGCCUUUUCUCCACUUACCAGGGGAAAAAAAUCGAAUGACCAGCCUUCAAAACAAUUUUGUACCAUUGCCAAAAAUAUGAACAAAAUGCAUAUAAUUGAAAAUACCAAAGUGUAUGAUUUUAUGAUCGAAGAUGAAGAUAUGAAAAUUCUUGAUGGUUUAGACGAGUAUUUUAUUGCAUGUG